UGCACGAAAGCCUAUUUUGUUGGAAUAAAAACACGAAACGUAUUCUUUUGGAGAGUCACACAGUUUCUUCCAGAGAAGAAGGAUCGGACGUCAUUCAUUUUAAAUUUGCUGAUUUCGUAAAAAACACCGAAUCUCAAAAUGACUACCUAUUUCAACUACCCAUCAAAGGAAUUACAAGAAGAAUUGAGCCGUAUUGCCAAGGCCAUUGUUGCCCCAGGCAAAGGCAUUCUUGCUGCUGAUGAAUCUGUUUCCACCAUGGGUAAACGUUUACAAGAUAUUGGUGUUGAAAAUACAGAAGAACAUCGUCGUCAAUACCGCCAACUCUUGUUCUCCACCGAUCCUAAAGUAGCUGACAAUAUUUCUGGUGUUAUUUUGUUCCACGAGACUCUCUACCAAAAGGCUGAUGAUGGCACUCCAUUUGUAGAAUUGUUGAAGAAACGUGGUAUUAUUCCCGGUAUUAAAGUUGACAAAGGUGUUGUACCAUUGUUCGGUUCCGAAGAUGAGUGCACUACCCAAGGUUUGGAUGAUUUGGCUGCACGUUGCGCACAAUACAAGAAGGAUGGCUGUGACUUCGCUAAAUGGCGCUGCGUUUUGAAAAUUGGCAAGAACACUCCAUCAUAUCAAUCAAUUUUGGAAAAUGCUAAUGUUUUAGCUCGUUAUGCUUCAAUCUGCCAAUCUCAACGCAUUGUACCAAUUGUUGAACCUGAAGUUUUGCCUGAUGGUGAACAUGAUUUGGAUCGUGCACAAAAAGUAACUGAAACUGUAUUGGCUGCUGUCUACAAAGCAUUGAAUGAUCAUCAUGUCUACUUGGAAGGUACUUUAUUGAAACCAAACAUGGUUACAGCCGGUCAAUCCUGCGCAAAGAAAUUCACACCAGAUCAAGUUGCCCUCGCAACUGUUGAAGCUCUCCGCCGCACAGUACCAGCUGCCGUUCCCGGCAUUACUUUCCUCUCUGGUGGUCAAUCAGAAGAAGAGGCUUCAGUGCACUUAAAUGCUAUUAAUAACGUUCCUUUGUUGAAACCAUGGGCUUUGACAUUCUCUUACGGUCGUGCUCUUCAAGCAUCAGUACUCCGUGCAUGGGGUGGCAAGAAAGAAAAUGUUGGAUCUGGUCAAAACGAAUUGAUCAAACGCGCAAAGGGUAAUGGUGAAGCAGCUGUUGGUAAAUAUGUUGCUGGAUCCGUUGUUGGAGCUGGUGCCGAUGCCACACUCUUUGUUGCAAAUCACGCUUAUUAAAUAAUGUAUCUUUUAUUUUUAAUGUUAUCUAAAAACAGAACAAAACAAGAACAAAAUUGUUUGCAAAAUCUAUUUAUUUGUUAAGCAUAAUUUCAGGAUUAAAAUAUACUAGAACUAUACUUUUUGCAUGUUUCUUCUUACUGAGGAUCUCAGUAAUUAAUUAAUAUACAUACUGUAAACAACCAAAUUUCAUGUCAAUAGUUGGUUGUAGAUUAAUUAUUAUUGUUAAAACGUUUAAAUAUUAAUAAAUUAUUAUUAAUUUAUUACUAUAAUUGUUGUAGUUGAUUAUGCGUUUAAAAUUAUAUUUGAUGUUUGCUUAAAGAGGCACAAACUAUCUUUCAUGUGUAAAAUUUAAACAAUGUUGACUUUGUACAUUUGAAAUGUACUUGUAUUUGCACAUAUUUGAUUUAUAUUUAUAAGUUAUUGCUUUAACAUUAAUAUCUACAUUAAAUAUAAAAAAAAAAAAAUUAAAAACGUCAUACAAUAAUAAAGUGAAUUUAAUAAUAUAAUGAUCAACAGAACGAUAACGUUUUAAUUCAAUUCGUAAACUGCAUAUCGAAUUGGCUAAGUUGCUUAUAGUACCUCAUUGAAUGUAAUUUUCGUAGACGAUACACUAAAUUUCAAAUAUAAUUGUUAAAAAAAUAAAUAAAA